AAUUGCAACAUUUUCGUUACGAUUUGUGUAGAAAAAUUUCAAUGCGUGUGUGCAGCAUGUCGUUCAUUACUCGGGAAUACAAGUUCGAGAGCAGCAGCAAGAUGCAGCCCAAAUCAGAUCAACAUACCAUGGCCAUGCACAGCCUGAAGAAACUCGUCAAACCACUGCUGCGGCUAAUCAAGAAGAAGCAGCUUCUGCGCAAAACUCCCAGCGAGGUACAGACCCAAAAUGACAUCAACUCUUCGCUAGAGGACAUGCGCACAGAUCCAGCAGCCAAUUGCGACAACAUGGCCAAUGAGCAACUGGAGCAGCGGCUCUACAACGAUCUGCGUCAGUGCCCCAACAAUGCGGCCAUGAUCGUGCAACAGGGUCAACAGCAGCGCCUCGUACCCGUUCAUCCCGAGCAGACAUUCAUACCGGUGCACUUUGCCCGCACAACCAGCGGCACGUUCUUCUGGACCUCCGUCGAUGGCGCUCGUCACCAGGAGCUGCAAAUGCGCCAACGCUACGACCGUUGGGUUCAAGCCUAGGUCAUCCAUCAAAGGGCCAUCCACGCGGCGUCAAAUCGUCGCACUUCAGCUUUAACAGCAAGUGUCGCCUCAUCAGCCAAUCCAUGAAGCAUCGAUGAAGCGAACUACUUUGCUUGUACCGCAAUC